AUGGGAGCGCGCGGAGGCGCUGCCAGGAGGCCCCGACCCAGCGGCGGCCGAGGCGUGAGGGAGCGGAGCGAAGCGGAGCGGGCGGCGUCCCCCGGCCGCACCCCGGCCCCGGCCACGCUGGCGCCCGGGGACCCCCCCGAGAUGCCGGUUCGGAGUGAGAGGCGCCGCGCUGGAGGGGCGGGGGGCUCGGCCUCCUCCCCUGCCACCGGUGCGGCCGCCAGCAGCCUAGUGCCGCCGCCCCCCAUCAACACGGCGCAGCCUGGAGUGGCCACUUCGCUUCUCUACAGCGGGGCCAAGUUCCGCGGGCAGCAGCGCAGCAAAGGCAACGCCUACGAGGUGGAGGUCGUCAUGCAGCAUGUGGAUAUGGAAAACUCCUAUCUCUGUGGAUACUUGAAGAUUAAAGGCCUUACAGAGGAGUACCCAACCCUCACCACGUUCUUCGAAGGCGAGAUAAUCAGUAAGAAACACCCGUUCCUAACGCGCAAGUGGGAUGCCGACGAGGACGUGGACCGUAAACACUGGGGAAAGUUCCAGGCUUUUUACCAGUAUGCAAAAACAUUUAACUCUGAUGACUUUGAUUAUGAAGAUCUAAAAAAUGGGGACUAUGUCUUCAUGAGAUGGAAGGAGCAGUUCCUAGUCCCAGAUCACACCAUCAAGGACAUCAGUGGUGCUUCCUUUGCUGGUUUCUAUUACAUCUGCUUCCAGAAGUCAGCAGCAUCUAUAGAGGGCUAUUACUACCAUAGGAGUUCAGAAUGGUAUCAGUCACUGAAUUUAACGCACGUUCCCGAGCACAGUGCUCCUAUCUACGAGUUCCGAUGACAGCUGUCCACGUCUGAAAACGCCCAGAAGCAACGGGGCAGGAGAGCAUGGCCUGCCAGGAGAACUGUGUCCCUGUGGGAGCACGGGAAUGCACGCUUCUCUCCUGCCCUUGGACUCGAGAGAGAGAGAAAGAAAGCCUGGAUGUUAACUCACCCAGCCCGAGGAGCUGCUGGAGCUUGAUUCUCCCUCCUGUCGAGUGGCCAUUUGAUCUUUACUCUGGUUUUAAGCUACUUUAAUGCACUUUCUUGUUGCACAGCUCGUUUCUCUGUCACUGAAGUUCCUCCCGGCUCUCCUCUGGAAGCUGUUUCUCAGUAGCUGGAAUCAGUGCUCUGGCCUCUAAAUAAUAAGGAAAUGUAAGCUCAAGGCUUAUAUUUUCCUUGUUAUAGCCUGAUGUGGGUUGAAAUCACCAGGAUUCAGGUUUCUUGCCCAGAUUUCCAGCUCUGAUGCUCUCAGAGCCGCGUCCUGGGUGUGAGGCUCAGCUGUGGAGUCUGUUGGGGAGUGUUGGCUGAGGUAAGGCUGGAGUGAGGCUUUGCUGGCUAACAAGGUUAGCUGGAGCUGCAGAUCUUUCAGGAAUGCCAGCCCUUUGGAGCUGGGAGCCGUUCCUGUGUCUGGAUACACCAUUGGGAAUUAAUUUGAUGUACGGACUUCCAGGCUCUCAGUAAAGUGGAUCUGAACUCUGCUUGUAGGUGUAUAUUUGCUCUUUACUUAAGUUAAGGGUAAAAAAAAAAAAAGUUUAAAAAAAAAAGACAAAAAAAAAACUUUUAUUAAAAAAAAUCUAUUUUUAUGGUUCCUUUUCCAAAGGACCCUAUGGCAAAUGCACAAGUACUGGAUUCCAUGUUACUGUUUUCACAUUGAAAACCAGGAAUGUCUGUGUUUUUAUAUCUGUGUCUGUAUCCAGCUAAGCUUUGGGAACAUAACCCGAGCACAAACGCUGAGCAGCGUCACCCUGGGACUGCUCAACGUUUGUACUCCCCCUUCAUGCUUCACCACCACUGCUUGACACCUUUUUACAAGGAAAAACAAGAAAAAAGUUUAAAAAACAACCCUUCUCAGUAGCUCCCUCUGGCUCUGAAUGUUCCAAGUGACAUAACUUAAGGCUCCUGUGCCAAAGCCUGCGUGUGGGGUGGUUUUUUUAAAGACACUUUAAAACUUGGCCUCAGUUGUGUUUUUACCUUGUCAGCCCCACCUGUGGGGCUUUGUGAGAGUUUAGUUUGCUUUUUUUCUGGCUGUUUUAAAGCCCAGCUUCCUCCAGGCAGACGUGUGGUACGGCUGGUGCUGAGGAUGGAUUUUCCACCUGGGAGAGGGGAUUGAAGCUGGCGCGAGGUGCUUUGGAUUUUGCUUCUUUUUAACUAAUUUCCCUUUUGGCAGCACUUAUUGCUUGUUUAAGCCUUACUGAGGAAGGAUUCAGGGCUUGGAGAGCCCUUUCCUCUAUUCCAAGUUGGGGUUUGGAGUGCUUGGUCUUGGGAGAUGAUGCGGAAUUUGCCCGCCUCGCGCGUGCUGCCCUCCGUGGAUCAGCCCUUCUCCCUGGCACACACAUGGAUGGACAGAGGUGCCUGGGGAGGAGGGAGAGACCUGGCCCUUCCCAGGGACUGGGUGCUGGUGCCUUGGCUGUUGCUGGAGGAUGUGCAGGGACAGCAUUGAGGUGAUUUGGGGCUGUGAGCAGAGCGCUUGGGAAGUGUGUUCCCGUUUUGAUUUGCUCCUCUUGGAGAAAUUCAGCCCUUUUGGAGGAGAGGGGUUUCCUCACAGGUGGUGCUGGGAGAUGUCCUGGUUUUUAGAGGUGAAAACUGGUGGUGCUGCUCCACUGUGACCAAGUGUGGGGGUGAAACCUCCUUCUCGGGUGCUGUGUGAGUGCAGGGAUCCAGCUCCAAUGGCUCUUCCCAGCCCUCUGGAGCUGUCUGUGAAAUGCUGGUGGCAGCACCGGUGUCCCUGGGCUCCCCAGGCUGUCAGUGCCAGAGGGACACUUGGAUUUCUGAUAAGGUUUAGUUGAAUUAACCCUAUUCGUUGGCAGAAGCUGAGUUAGGAUGGUCCUGGGGAUGUUUAACACAUGUAACUAUCCCUAAACCAGUGAAGUUGGGUUUUUUUUUUAAGACUUGAUAUGUUGUGAGAAGGGUGUGGAAGGAACAUCCUGCUCUGUGCCUGCCUUCUUCCCACCAUCCUGAAGGGAAUUUCAGCUUAGAUCCAGAGCUGUCUGGAUAUGAUGUGUGGCAGGUGCAGAGCAGGUUGUGGAACUGAGGGCUUUGCAGGGGCUGUUGGUGUGUGGAUUUUCCCUCCUCAAAGGCCUUUGCUUUGGAUUUUCCUUUUCUUUGACCUGUGUGAGUUGAGGGGAGAUGUUCUGUACGUCGUGAUGUGGUGAGAGAGAAUGGCCCAGGGGAGGAUUUGGGGGACAGAGGUGAGAGAUGGGGUGUUUGGGCUUGGGAGAGGAUGUGGUAUCUCUUGAACCACUCUGGCUGCAGCAGGGUGUCCGUGUGGGGGCCGAGGAGGAGUUUUGUGGAGCGAUCAACGUCCAAAUUAAACACAAAUUCUGUUGAA